UGCUCAUAAGAUAAAAAAAUAAAUGGGUCAAGUUAAAACCCCUAAGACCUCUCACCACCAAGAGGUGCUGACCUCACAGGUGAGACACUCCCACCAGCGGACAAAGAGCACAGGAAAAUGUGUUGCCAACCACCUGAAACAGACAAAUAUCUGCUUUUUAAAACCCUUUAAACCCGCUAAAUGGACUGAUGCCAUUAAUUUCUUCUUUGAUUAACAGUAGUAACAUCCUUUAUGCACUGUAUACUAACCCAUAUGCUAAUCAUGCUUUAUGAAGUGAUGGCAAUUACAUUGUAGCAUUUAAUGAAGAAAUAACAAAAUAACCAUACCAAUGAUUAAGCACCAGUCUUCUUUUUUUUUUUUUUUUUUUUCUCUGUGUGUGUGAUACAGGUAAAUGCUGAAUUCCAGCGUAUUACAACACUUCAACUGGAGACGACCUUCGCGGCACAGUUAGACAGAAUUACACCUCAGCUGAUGACAGUUUUCCAGAAGAAGGGCGGUGUUUCUGGGCAGAAACUUGCCCACCACUUGCAGAUCAUGCAAGAGGCUGAAAGUGAUGUUAAAGUGAAAAGGGAAGCAGUUCUCAGGGCACUUUGCCUCUACCUUGGUGAAGAGGACGGAAGCCUUAUUCGGGAGUACUUGGACAUUGAAGGAGAUGACAUCCAGAGAGGCCUAAAGAAGCACACCAUGGGCAUUUAUGUCAUCAACAAGGAGGAUGGACAAAAUGGACAUUAUGAUGACAUUGGAAUAUUUGUUGAAGGGGAGAUAGUCAUGGACAACAUUGGAUCUCCGGCCCAAGCUUGUGCAUUGAUGCUUGGAGUAAUCUAUGCAUUGAAUGAAAUCAAACACAAUCCUAACCAAACAGGUACACAUACACAAAUACUCAACACAUCAUGUGUCUUUUGUGUUUCUCAGAAAAGCAGAGCUCAGAAAGCAGAGCGAACGAAGAGACCCAGGACGGUGGAGCUGGUUGUUGUGGUUGACCAUAGAGAGUAUAAGAAGUUUGGCAGUAAGAAGACAAUAGAGGCCAGAGCGCUUGAAAUAGCAAACCACGUGGACAAACUCUAUCGCCCUGUGGGCGUUCGUGUGAUGCUCGUCGGCCUGGAUAUCUGGUCAUACAGAGAUCAAAUACAUGUCAGCACUGACCCUGAGGUCACCCUCCGUCGUUUCCUUGAGUGGCGUCAGCAGCACCUUCUGCCGAGGACCAAACAUGACAAUGCGCAGUUCAUAACAGCUGUGGAUUUUGAUGGCUCCACUGUAGGCUUAGCAAACACCAAUGCUAUGUGCACCUCUAACUCUGGAGCUGUCAAUGAGGACCAUAACACUAAUGCAAUUGGAGUGGCUUCCACCAUUGCACAUGAGAUGGGUCACAACCUGGGCUUGUCCCACGACACUGAAGACUGUGUCUGUGGCACUUCUGUGUCAAAAAAAGGCUGCAUCAUGUCAGAGAGCGUUGGCUUAAAGUAUCCGGAGCUGUUCAGCAGCUGCAGUCGGCAGCAGCUCAGCAAGUUCUUGGAGGAGAUCAACCCGGCAUGUCUGCUCAAUACUCCUUCCACCGAUCGAGUUUAUGGGGGCCCCAUGUGUGGAAAUGCCUUCUUAGAGCCUGGAGAGGAGUGCGACUGCGGCACGGUGGAGGAAUGCAAGAAUCCCUGCUGCAAUGCCACCACCUGCAAACUGAAUGCAGGAGCCCAGUGUGGAGAGGGAGAGUGCUGCCACAACUGCCAACUGAAACCGACAGGCAGCGUCUGCCGACCGAAAGCAGGAGACUGCGACCUGGCAGAAUAUUGCACCGGCUUCUCUGCUGUCUGUCCGACUGACGCCUACACCCAGAAUGGCCUGCUGUGUAACCAUGGAACAGGGUACUGCUACAAUGGACAGUGUCCUUCACGCCGGGAUCACUGCAAGAGGCUUUGGGGACCAGAUGCUGAAGUCGCUUCAGACGCUUGUUUCUAUCUGCAUGGAAACUGCAGAAAGACACACUUUAACCAGAGAUGCCCAGGCCGAGAUCAGUCCUGUGGUCAACUUUUUUGUUCCGGCGGAUGGGAGUUCCCUGUGACAUCCAGGAAGUCCCUUUACAAAGUAGGAAACGGAGACAUGUGCAAUGUGGCAACUAUGAACCCUGAAGAUAACUACCCCGAAGAUUUGGACAUGGUACCUACUGGCACUAAGUGCGGCAAAAACAUGGUAUGUUACAAUCAACAGUGUCAAGACAUAAAAAACAUAAAAAUGUAUGGAAGAAAUGACUGCUCUGCCAAAUGCAACAACCGUGGGGUCUGCAAUCAUGAGAGCAAGUGUCACUGCGAUCCUGGCUGGGCUCCACCUUUCUGUGAUGUGCAGCAGUCCGAGCUGCCUCAAGAGUCAGGCCUGGUUAAGUUCAUAGUGUCACUGGUGGCUGGCUUACUUCUUCUUUUGCUCAUGGUUAUCGGGAGUUUGAUGUGGUACGUCAGAAAGAGACAGCCUGCGAAGAGAUACCUCCCAUCUUCCGCGGGACAGUUCAACCCGUUGUUUCGGUCGAGCAGCGAACGACGCAGGCCUCCUCUUGGAUCAGCACAAAUCAGCCAGCCUAAAUUUUUGGAGUCGUCGGCCACUCAAGCAUGUAAACCGCUCUUCUCUGCUCCUACCAGACCACAGACUGGAGCACUAAAGCCCAGCCGAGCAGCUCCAGAGCCGCCCAAGAAAGCAGCAGCCGUACCCCAGCCAUCUGUGUUUCAGCAGGCUAUAAAGCCAUUCACGCAGGCUCCAGCUGUUUCAAGAAAGCCAAUCUUUACUGAGAGUAAGCCACUGCCUCCAUCGAGACCUCUGCCACCACUCACAACAAAGCCGAUCAUGAAACCAAAGCCCCCAAUGCCUCCAGCGAAGCCAAAGCCCUCCGCAGUCCUGUCUUCAUUGCCUCACACUCAGCUGCUCGGCGGGAGGGCUGCCCUGAUGCCUCCCAGCAGGCCCAGAUGACAGUGGGACUAAUUCAUCGAGGUGUAAACACUGAAAUCCUCUGACAGGGGACAUUGUUUUUGUCUCACCUAGAAGGACCAAGAAGAUCCUGUCUGGAGACGCUCUUCUGUUUUAAAGUAGAAACAGGAUCCGCUGAAGAAUCGGCAUUGUUAAGCAACACAGCUUUUGUGGUCUCCUUGAGGAUUACCACUGCUUAUGUACACCUUCAGUAUGUUAAUGAAAACCUGAAGUAAUGAUCAGCAGACUCAUAUUCUGUGCUUUAUGAAUGACAAAUGGCACUGCUGCCAUGACGAUUGUUUAGUUUAUUUGAGUCUUUUUAAAGGGAAACAUUUGGUUUUUGGGUUUGUUUGUUUUUUGCCUAAAUCCUGGGAUAUGUGAAGAUUUUAUAAGGUAACUGCACUAUCAAUGCUGUAACUGUUCCUUUUCCCUUUUCCCUCACAUUUUUUUUGGUACUGCAUUUCUCUGAAAUAUGGUUGUUAAGGGAUUUUAAAAUGUGGCAUGAGCACUUUACAGGUAGAUUUUUUUAAUUGAAGAAGGUCUUUUCUUGUCAUUUUUUAAAAACUCUUUGUACUGACCUGUCUAUGCUUGACUGUGCAACUGAACCAGUACAUAUAUCUGUUUUAUUUUGCGUGCUGACCUGAUAGAUGUCAAAGGAUAUUGAUUAUUCUAUGCAGCAGACAAGAUCACAAAGUCCUUUCACUCAUAAUACCAAUGAUGAGGAUUCACCCUCGAUUUGUCUUUAAAUCUUUCAGUUCUGAAUGUUCUAAUUUAUUGGCUUGCAAUAAACGUGAUCCAUCACACUCAGUGUUUCUGUCACUUUCUCUGUCUUUAUAUCCAGAUGAUCCAGAAGAUAUUCACAUUAACAUCUGUGACUCUCUGUUGAUUUUUUUGCUCUGUCCUAUCAGCAGCGUAAUGUUAGAACAAAACUCAAUUAGAUCUAUAAUUGGUUGGGGAAAAAAAGAUUGAUUUUGUAGUUUUUCCCUGCAAAACCUGAUUCAACAUGUGAAUGGAGUCCA